AGUCUUUCUCUCCCUACGCGGGGUUUGACCAGGAGUGGCGCUAAGAGCGAGGUUUAGCUUAUGCAACAAAUAAAACCCCAUCAUCCGAAUUUACCAUAGUCGCUGCCUGGCGUCAAGAAGGACAAUAACAUCAAAGGGCUCCCCUUCUUAAGAGACACGUAUAAAAAUUAUCUUAUUCGCUGCAUGAAAAACAAGAGAGGAUUACCCCUUCGAGCCUUUUCAGGCCGAACUCUGGCACUUUUUGCUACAGCAAUAAUAAUUUUCUCACUGGUUGCGUCUUAAGUACUGAUCAUCAAAAGGAGAGAGAGGGAGAGAAAAGGAGGGAUAACGGAACAUCGCAGCCCAGCCUGGAGGCGGUGUUGGUGGAGAAGAAGGGCUGAGGUGUAUUUUAGCACUGUUUGCCUUUUUUUGCACAGCAAUGUUGUCUUCCAAGGAAAAAUACCUGGGGGUACUGCUGGUAACACUGAUGCUUUUGCGGUACUUGGACGGAGUUGUCCCCGCUACAGCAAUCGAUCCCCCGAAAACAUGUAGUCCAAAACAGUUUGUAUGCAGAGAUCAGAUAACAUGUAUAUCUAAAGGCUGGAGGUGUGAUGGAGAAAAGGACUGCCCAGAUGGUUCUGAUGAAGACUCUGAUAUAUGUUUUCACAUCAAGGUAUCGAAGUGUCAGCCAAAUGAACACAGCUGUUUGAGCUCAGAUGUCUGUAUUCACAUGGCAAAACUCUGCAAUGGUGUACACGACUGUCCUGAUGGUUCAGACGAGGGUGCUCACUGUCUUGAGUUUAAACCCAACUGUACAAAUUCAUCUUGCCAGUAUCAGUGUGCCGCUACAAACACUGGGCCAGCUUGUUACUGUAACACUGGGUUCAGGAUAGGAGAAGAUGGUACAAGUUGUCUAGACUUUGACGAAUGCACUGUGUAUGGAACAUGCAGUCAGACUUGCAUCAACAGUGAGGGCUCAUACAGUUGCAAGUGUGUAGAAGGAUAUCUUUUGCAACCUGACAGCAAGUCCUGCAAAGCCAAAAAUGAACCAGUGGACAGACCACCAUUGCUGUUGAUCGCCAAUUCUCAGAACAUCUUGGCGACGUACCUGAGUGGAUCCCCAGUUGUCACCAUCAAUCCCGCAAGCACCAAACAAACAACUGCCAUGGACUUCAUCUAUCAGGAAGAAACAGUAUGUUGGGUUCACGUUGGAGACUCUGCAUCCCAAACCGUGCUGAAAUGUGCCAAGAUCACAAACCUGAAGGGCUUUACCGAUGAACGAUCAAUUAAUAUUUCCUUGAGCUUGCAUCAUGUGGAACAGAUAGCAAUUGACUGGUUGACGGGAAACAUCUACUUUGUUGAUGAUGUGGAUGACCGAAUAUUUGUUUGCAAUAGAAAUGGGGAGACCUGUGUCACAUUAAUAGAUUUGGAGCUUUACAACCCAAAAGGAAUUGCUUUGGAUCCAACCAUGGGGAAGGUGUUCUUUACGGACUAUGGCCAGAUUCCUAAGGUGGAGAGAUGUGACAUGGAUGGCCAGAACAGGACUAAGCUGGUAGACAGUAAGAUAGUUUUUCCUCAUGGAAUUACCCUGGAUCUUGUUAACAAGCUUGUGUAUUGGGCAGAUGCUUAUCUUGAUUACAUCGAAGUGGUGAAUUACGAAGGAAAAAACAGACAGACCAUCAUCCAGGGACUGUUGAUUGAACAUCUCUAUGGCCUGACUGUGUUUGAAAAUUAUCUGUAUGCCACCAAUUCUGAUAAUACAAACAUGCAGCAGAAAACCAGCGUGAUCAAAGUUAACCGCUUUAACAGCUCAGAUUAUCAGGUUGUUACAAGAGUGGAUAAAGGGGGUGCACUGCACAUUUAUCAUCAACAACGACAGCCAAAAGUGAGAAGCCAUGCUUGUGAGCCUGAUCAGUACGGCAAACCUGGUGGAUGCUCUGAUAUCUGUCUUUUGGGCAGUAACCACAAGUCUCGCACAUGUCGCUGUCGUUCUGGUUUUAGCUUGGGCAGUGAUGGAAAGUCAUGUAAAAAACCAGAGCAUGAACUUUUCUUAGUGUAUGGCAAAGGGCGGCCAGGAAUUAUCCGUGGUAUGGAUAUUACUGCUAGAGUACCAGAUGAACAUAUGAUCCCAAUUGAAAACCUUAUGAAUCCUCGUGCUCUGGACUUCCAUUCAGAAACAGGCUUCAUCUAUUUUGCUGAUACAACUAGUUAUUUAAUAGGUCGGCAGAAAAUCGAUGGAACUGAUCGAGAGACUAUUUUGAAGGAUGGUAUUCAUAAUGUAGAAGGCAUUGCUGUCGACUGGAUGGGAAACAACUUGUACUGGACAGACGAUGGUCCCAAGAAAACUAUCAGUGUGGCUCGGUUGGAGAAAGCUUCUCAGACUCGGAAAAUUUUAAUUGAAGGAAAAAUGACUCACCCAAGAGCAAUUGUUGUAGAUCCAUUGAAUGGAUGGAUGUACUGGACAGACUGGGAAGAAGACCCAAAAGACAGCAAGAGAGGAAAAAUUGAGAAAGCCUGGAUGGAUGGCUCAAACCGAACUGUAUUUGUCACCUCUAAAACUGUCCUGUGGCCUAACGGUCUGAGUCUUGACACUCCUUCUGGGGUCCUCUACUGGGUAGAUGCCUUCUAUGACAGGAUAGAGAUGAUCUUUCUGAAUGGCACUGAUCGAAAGGUCAUAUAUGAAGGCAGUGAACUUAACCAUGCUUUUGGUCUGUGUCAUUAUGGUACCAACCUCUUCUGGGCAGAGUACAGGACUGGCAGUAUCUACCGUCUUGAUCAGUUGACCAAGGUUGUCACUCUGCUAAGAAAUGAAAGGCCACCAGUCUUUGAAAUCAGGAUAUAUGAUGCUCAGCAGCAACAAGCAGGUUCCAAUGCUUGCCGUGUCAACAAUGGAGGGUGCAGCAGCUUGUGUCUUGCAACACCGGAGGGAAGGCAGUGUGCCUGUGCACAGGACCAGCUUCUGGACGUCGACAGUGUUACAUGUAAAGCAAAUCCCAUGUAUGUACCACCACCCCAGUGCCAGCAAGGAGAAUUUGCCUGCAAGAACAAUCGCUGUAUUCAGGAGCGUUGGAAAUGUGAUGGGGACAAUGACUGCCUGGACAACAGUGAUGAAGCACUAGAACUCUGUCAUCAACACACUUGCCCUUCAGAUCGUUUCAAGUGCAAUAACAACCGCUGCAUUCCAAUCCGCUGGCUGUGUGAUGGAGACAACGACUGUGGCAAUGAUGAGGAUGAAACUAAUUCUACUUGCUCAGCUCGAACUUGCCCUCCAAAUCAGUUCUCAUGUAAUGGGGGAAGAUGUAUUCCAAUUUCUUGGACCUGUGACCUAGACGAUGACUGUGGAGAUGGAUCAGACGAACCUGGAUCUUGUGCUUAUCCAACCUGCUUUCCUUUGACCCAGUUCACUUGUAACAAUGGACGCUGUAUCAACAUAAACUGGCGCUGUGAUAAUGACAAUGACUGUGGGGACAAUAGCGAUGAAGCUGGCUGUAGCCACUCCUGUUCCAGCACUCAGUUUAAAUGUAACAGUGGACGCUGCAUCCCGGAGCACUGGACCUGUGAUGGGGACAAUGACUGUGGUGACCUUAGUGAUGAAACUCAUGCCAACUGUACUAACCAGGCAACCCGACCACCUGGUGGAUGCCACACAGAUGAGUUUCAGUGCCGUCUAGAUGGCUUGUGUAUUCCAUCGCGAUGGCGGUGUGAUGGUGAUACAGACUGCAUGGACUCCAGUGAUGAGAAAAGUUGUGAAGGAGUGACUCCUGCUUGUGAUCCAAAUGUAAAAUUUGGAUGUAAGGAUUCAGCAAGGUGCAUCAGUAAAGCUUGGGUGUGCGAUUCAGACAAUGAUUGUGAAGACCAUUCAGAUGAGGAGAAUUGUGAGACUUGUAAGCCUCCUUCCCACACCUGUGCCAAUAAUUCCUCCAUCUGCUUACCUCCUGAGAAACUGUGUGAUGGCGUUGAUGACUGCAGUGAUGGCUCUGAUGAAGGACUACUUUGUGAUCAAUGCUCUUUGAGCAAUGGUGGCUGCAGUCACAACUGUACAGUUGCACCCGGAGAAGGAAUCAUUUGCUCCUGCCCCCUGGGAAUGGAACUAGGAUCGGACAAUAAGACCUGCCAGAUCCAGAGUUACUGUGCAAAACAUCUCAAGUGCAGCCAGCGAUGUGAGCAGGAUAAGUUCACUGUAAAGUGCUCUUGUUAUGAAGGGUGGGCACUAGACAUUGACGGUGAAAGCUGCUAUAGUCUAGAUCCAUUCAAACCAUUCAUCAUUGUUUCAAACCGCCAUGAGAUUCGCAAGAUUGACUUGAACAAAGGAGAUUAUACUGUUCUGGUGCCAGGUCUAAGAAACACUAUAGCACUGGAUUUCCAUCUUAACCAGAGUGCCUUAUACUGGACGGAUGUUGUAGAAGAUAAGAUUUAUCGUGGUAAUCUUUCUGAAAGUGGAGCCUUGACCAAUUUUGAUGUCAUCAUUCAGCAUGGAUUGGCUACUCCCGAAGGGUUGGCUGUGGACUGGAUUGCUGGCAAUAUUUAUUGGGUUGAGAGUAACCUGGACCAAAUAGAGGUUGCCAAGCUUGAUGGCACAAUGAGGACUACUCUGCUUGCGGGAGACAUUGAACACCCACGAGCCAUUGCACUGGACCCUAGAUGUGGAAUGCUGUUUUGGACAGACUGGGAUGCUAAUCUCCCUCGGAUUGAAGUCGCUUCCAUGAGCGGAGAGGGUCGUCGCACAAUCCAUAAAGAAACUGGCCCUGGUGGGUGGCCAAAUGGUCUUACAGUAGACUACUUAGAGAGCCGCAUUCUGUGGAUUGAUGCCAGAUCAGAUGCUAUUUAUUCAGCAUUAUAUGAUGGCACAGGACAUAUUGAAGUGCUGCGAGGUCACGACUACCUGUCUCACCCUUUUGCGGUCACACUGUAUGGAGGUGAAGUUUACUGGACUGACUGGAGGACUAACACUUUGGCCAAAGCUAACAAGUGGACUGGUCACAACGUGACUGUUGUACAAAGAACCAAUACACAACCUUUUGACCUGCAAGUGUACCAUCCUUCUAGGCAGCCUCAAGCUCCAAAUCCAUGUGCUGCCAAUGAUGGUAAAGGUCCCUGCUCCCAUCUCUGCUUGAUAAAUUACAAUCAGACCACCUCGUGUGCUUGUCCUCAUCUCAUGAAACUAGCACCAGACAAGAAAACAUGCUAUGAGAUGAAAAAAUUUCUGCUUUACGCACGUCAGAUGGAGAUCAGAGGUGUAGACAUUGACAGUCCAUACUACAAUUACAUCAUUUCUUUUACUGUACCAGAUAUUGAUAAUGUUACUGUAGUGGACUACUGUGCUGCAGAAGAACGAAUCUACUGGUCAGAUGUUCGGACACAAACCAUUAAACGGGCUUUCAUAAAUGGAACUGGGGUGGAGUCUGUGGUCUCUGCAGAUUUGCCAAAUGCUCAUGGUUUAGCUGUAGAUUGGAUUUCACGGAACCUUUUCUGGACAAGCUAUGAUGCCAAUAAGAAGCAGAUAAAUGUUGCCAGAUUGGAUGGGUCCUUUAAGAAUGCUGUAAUUCAGGGUCUAGAUAAGCCCCAUUGCUUAGUAGUGCAUCCUCUGAAGGGGAAACUGUACUGGACUGAUGGUGACAAUAUCAGCAUUGCAAAUAUGGAUGGCAGUAACAUCACAGCGCUUUUCACUAAUCAGAAGGCUCCAGUUGGUCUUUCUCUUGAUUAUGCAGAAAGCAAACUGUAUUGGAUCAGCUCAGGAAAUGGCACCAUUAAUCGCUGUAAUCUGGAUGGAAGUGACCUAGAAGUCAUUGAAACUAUGAAAAACAAGCUGACUAAGGCCACAGCACUUGGCAUCAUGGGUGAUAAGCUCUGGUGGGCAGAUCAGGCAUCUGAGCAAAUAGGCAUGUGCAAUAAGAAGGAUGGGACCGAUAUUCGAGUACUUCGCAGCAACACGACCUUGGUAAUGCAUAUGAAGGUCUAUGAUGAAAAAAUACACCAAGGUGCAAAUCCAUGCAGUGUGAAUAAUGGAAACUGCUCCCAGCUUUGUCUACCAACGUCUGAGACAACAAGAUCCUGUAUGUGCACAGCAGGGUAUAGCCUGAUAAGUGGACAGCAGUCUUGUGAAGGUGUUGGUUCAUUCUUGUUGUACUCUGUCCAUGAAGGACUCCGAGGAAUUCCCCUUGAUCCCAAUGAUAAAUCGGAUGCCUUGGUUCCUGUUUCUGGAACGUCACUAGUUGUUGGGAUAGACUUCCAUGCAGAGAAUGACACCAUCUAUUGGGUAGAUAUGGGUCUAAGUACCAUCAGCAGAGCCAAGCGUGACCAGACAUGGCGUGAAGAUGUUAUUACCAAUGGAAUUGCCCGAGUGGAGGGAAUAGCUGUGGACUGGAUUGCAGGAAACAUCUAUUGGACAGAUCAAGGGUUUGAUGUGAUUGAAGUGGCCAGGCUGAAUGGCUCUUUCCGGUAUGUUGUGAUCUCACUAGGACUAGACAAACCCCGUGCCAUUGCAGUACACCCAGAGAGAGGGUAUUUGUUCUGGACAGAAUGGGGUCAGUAUCCUCGUAUUGAGAGGUCUCGUUUGGAUGGUACAGAAAGAGUAGUGUUGGUCAAUGCUAGUAUAAGCUGGCCAAAUGGAAUAUCCAUUGACUAUGAGGCAAAUAAGCUAUAUUGGUGUGAUGCUCGAACUGACAAAAUUGAAAGAAUUGAUUUGGAAACAGGAGAAAACAGAGAGGUGGUACUUGCAACCAACAAUAUGGAUAUGUUUUCGGUGUCUGUGUUUGGAGAUUACAUCUACUGGAGUGACAGGACUCAUGCAAAUGGUUCCAUAAAGAGGGGACAGAAAGAUAAUGCCACAGAGUCUGUGCCAUUAAGGACUGGAAUCGGGGUGCAGCUGAAAGAUAUCAAAGUCUUCAACCAAGCCAGGCAGAAAGGUACAAACAUUUGUGCCCAGAACAAUGGUGGAUGUCAGCAGCUUUGCUUGUACCGAGGCAGUCAGCAGAGGACUUGCGCCUGUGCCCAUGGCAUGCUUGCUGAAGAUGGUGUGAGUUGUCGUGAUUAUGAUGGCUAUUUGCUAUAUUCCGAGAGGACGAUAUUAAAGAGUAUACACUUAUCAGAUGAAAACAACUUAAAUGCACCUAUAAAACCGUUUGAGGAUCCUGAGCAAAUGAAGAAUGUCAUUGCAUUAGCUUUUGACUACCAACAGGGUGGCAAAGGAAAGAACCGGAUUUUCUUCAGUGACAUUCACUCUGGAAACAUUCAGCAAAUAUAUGACAAUGGAACUGGCAGAAAAAACAUUGUGGAAAGUGUUGGAUCUGUGGAAGGUUUGGCAUAUCACAGAGCGUUGGAUAGCCUCUACUGGACGAGUUAUACAACUUCGACUAUUACACGCCAUACCGUUGACCAGAGCCGCACUGGAGCAUUUGACAAGGAGGUUGUGGUUACAAUGUCUGGCGAUGAUCACCCUCGUGCCUUUGUGUUAGAUGAAUGCCAAAACCUAAUGUUUUGGACCAACUGGAAUGAGCAACAUCCAAGUAUUAUGCGUGCCACCUUAAAUGGGGCUAAUGUUAUCAUCAUCAUCAGCUCUGACAUUCGAACUCCAAAUGGGCUGGCCAUUGACCACAAAGCUGAGAAACUCUAUUUUUCAGAUGCCACACUGGAUAAGAUAGAGCGUUGUGAAUAUGAUGGGUCAGGCAGACAUAUGAUUUUUAAAUAUGAUUCAAUUCAUCCCUUUGGCCUUGCUGUCUACGCAGACUACAUAUUCUGGACUGACUGGGUGCGCAGGGCAGUUGUACGAGUGAAUAAAUAUGAUGGUGGUGAUAUGAAGUUGCUGAGAGCAGACAUCCCCCAGCAACCCAUGGGAAUCAUUGCAGUAGCAAACGAUACCAAUGGCUGUGAGUUGUCCCCUUGCCGAGUGAAUAAUGGUACUUGCCAGGAUCUCUGCCUCGUUACUGCAGAAGGGCGGGUGAAAUGUUCAUGUCGUGGUGAUCGAAGAUUGCUUGAGGAUAAUACCUGUAUUGCCUUAAACACAAGUUGUCCGCAGUAUGAUCAGUUUGAAUGUGGAAAUGGAGAGUGCAUUAGUUAUAUCCAGACUUGUGAUGGCAUUCCUCAUUGCAGAGACAGAUCAGACGAGAAGCCAUCCUUCUGCAACAGUCGCAGUUGCAGGAAGGGCUACCUGCACUGCCUGAACAGGCGCUGCCUCCCUCUCAAGCUGUGGUGUAAUGGAGUCGAUGACUGCGGAGACAACUCUGAUGAGGCACUGUGCAGUAAUAAAACAAGGUGUGCUCAAGAUGAAUUCCAGUGUUUGGAUGGGACAUGCAUCAAAAAUUCUAGCAGGUGUAACCAGAAGAUUGAUUGUGCGGAUGCAUUUGAUGAAAUGAACUGCACUGAAACUGAUUGCAGCAGUUAUUUCCGCCUGGGAAUAAAAGCCUUGAACUUCACAAAAUGUAAAAACACAUCCUUGUGCUAUGCUCCGUCCUGGGCAUGUGAUUCUAUUGAUGACUGCGGAGACAACUCAGAUGAACUGGACUGCACUUCAGGGAAGAAAACCAAGUGUCCUCCCAAUCACUUCUCCUGUCCCAGUGGACCCUGCAUCCCUAUGAGCUGGACUUGUGAUAAGGAAGAUGACUGUGGGAAUGGAGCAGAUGAAAUGCACUGUGACAAAUUUUGCACAGCAGUACAGUUUGAGUGUAACAAUCACAGAUGUAUUUCGAAUCGUUGGGUUUGUGAUGGGACAGAUGAUUGUGGUGAUGGAUCAGAUGAGGAUAGCCGCUGCAACACAAAGACCUGCAGCCCCGAGUCACACCACUGCCCAGGAUCUCAUGUGUGUAUUCCUUUGCGCUGGCUUUGUGAUGGGGAUAAGGACUGCCCUGAUGGAUCUGAUGAGACUACCAGAGCUGGCUGCAAUUACACCAACAGAUGUGAUUCAAGAGAAUUCAUGUGUCAAAACAAGCAGUGUAUCCCAAAGAUGUUUGUCUGUGACCAUGACAAUGACUGUGGUGAUGGUUCUGAUGAAUCUCCAGAGUGUGAAUAUCCAACUUGUGGACCACAUGAGUUUAGAUGUGCUAACGGUAGAUGCCUCAGCAACAGCCAGUGGGAAUGUGAUGGUGAAUUUGACUGCCAUGAUCAGUCUGAUGAGGCUCCCAAAAACCCACAUUGUGCAGACUCUGAGAAAAAGUGCAAUGACUCCUCUUACAUGUGCAAGAAUGGGAACUGUGUGAACGAAACACUGCUCUGCGACAACAACAAUGAUUGUGGUGAUGGCUCAGAUGAACUCAAUUGCUUUGUAAAUGAAUGCCUGAACAGGAAACUGAGUGGAUGUUCACAUGAGUGUGAAGACCUAAAGAUCGGAUAUAAGUGCAGGUGCCGCCCUGGGUUCAGGCUGAAAGAUGAUGGGAAGACGUGCAUCGACAUUGACGAGUGUACCACCACUUUCCCGUGUAGUCAAAUGUGCACCAACACGUAUGGCAGUUUCCAUUGCCACUGUGUAGAGGGUUAUGAGCAGAGGCUUAGUGAUCCAACAGGUUGCAAGGUAAUUGCAGAUGAUGAACCAUUUCUGAUUUUUGCAAACCGUUACUAUUUACGGAAGCUGAGCCUUGAUGGAAGGAAUUACACAUUACUGAAACAGGGCCUAAACAAUGCAGUGGCUUUAGACUUCGACUACAGGGAGCAGAUGAUUUACUGGACUGAUGUUACUACGCAAGGCAGCAUGAUCCGCAGAAUGCAUAUAAAUGGCAGUGAUGUGCAAGUUCUGCAUCGUACUGGUCUGAGUAACCCAGAUGGACUGGCAGUGGACUGGAUUGGUGGUAAUCUUUACUGGUGUGACAAGGGAAGGGAUACCAUUGAAGUAUCCAAGUUGAAUGGAGCCUAUAGAACUGUGCUUGUAAACUCUGGGCUGCGAGAACCUCGAGCUCUGGCUGUAGAUGUGAGGAAUGGGUAUUUGUACUGGACAGACUGGGGUGAUCAUUCCUUAAUUGGCAGAAUUGGAAUGGAUGGUUCUAACCGUAGUGUUGUGAUUGACAGUAAGAUCACAUGGCCAAAUGGACUUACCCUGGAUUAUGUCAACAACAGGAUAUAUUGGGCUGAUGCACGUGAGGAUUACAUUGAGUUUGCUAGUGUUGAUGGUACCAGCCGGCACAUAGUUCUGAGUCAAGACAUCCCUCACAUCUUUGCCUUAACCCUCUUUGAGGACUAUAUCUACUGGACUGACUGGGAGACGAAGUCCAUCAAUCAGGCUCACAAAACCACUGGUGCUAACAAGACGCGACUUAUCAGCACUCUGCACCGUCCCAUGGAUAUCCACAUAUUCCACUCGGAGAGACAGCCUGACGUGCCAAAUCACCCAUGUAAGAUCAACAAUGGUGGCUGCAGUAAUCUCUGCCUUCUUUCUCCUGGUGGUGGCCACAAAUGUGCCUGUCCAACAAACUUUUACUUGGGUUCAGAUGGUAGAACCUGUAUUUCCAACUGUACAGCUAGCCAGUUUGUGUGUAAAAAUGACAAAUGUAUACCAUUCUGGUGGAAAUGUGACACUGAAGACGACUGUGGCGAUAGAUCAGAUGAACCUGCUGAUUGCCCUGAGUUCAAGUGCCGUCCUGGACAGUUCCAGUGCUCCACAGGAAUCUGCACAAACCCUGCCUUCAUCUGUGAUGGAGACAAUGACUGCCAGGAUAACUCAGAUGAAGCAAAUUGUGAUAUCCAUGUGUGUCUGCCUAACCAGUUUAAGUGUUCAUUUACAAAUCGUUGUAUUACUAGCAUCUUCCGUUGUAAUGGACAAGAUAACUGUGGUGAUGGCGAGGAUGAGAAGGAUUGCCCUGAGGUAACUUGUGCUCCAAGCCAGUUCCAGUGUGCAUCUACCAAGCGCUGUAUCCCCCGAGUGUGGGUAUGUGAUAGAGACAAUGACUGUGUUGAUGGCUCAGAUGAACCAGCUAAUUGCACACAAAUGACCUGUGGUGUUGAUGAGUUCCGAUGCAAAGAAUCUGGACGAUGUAUUCCAGCUCGCUGGAAGUGUGAUGGGGAAGAUGACUGCGGGGAUGGAUCUGAUGAGCCAAAGGAGGAGUGUGAUGAAAGAACUUGUGAACCAUACCAGUUCCGCUGCAAAAACAAUCGCUGUGUCCCAGGUCGCUGGCAGUGUGACUAUGAUAACGACUGUGGAGACAACUCUGAUGAAGAAGGCUGCACUCCACGUCCCUGUUCUGAGAGUGAGUUUGCCUGUGCUUCUGGACGUUGCAUAGCUGGCAGGUGGCGAUGUGAUGGAGACCAUGACUGUCCAGAUGGCUCUGACGAGAAACACUGCACAGUCCGAUGUGAGAUGGAUCAGUUCCAGUGCAGAAAUGGCCAUUGUAUUCCACAUCGCUGGCACUGUGAUUCGGAUGCUGACUGUAUGGAUGGCAGUGAUGAAGAAAACUGUGGAUCUCCAGGUGUGAGAACAUGCCCCUUGGAUGAGUUUCAGUGUAACAAUACACUGUGUAAGCCACUUGGAUGGAAAUGUGAUGGAGAGGAUGAUUGUGGAGACAACUCAGAUGAAAAUCCAGAAGAGUGCUUGAAGUUCCAGUGUCCACCUACUAGACCUUUCCGAUGUAGGAAUGACCGUGUCUGUUUGUGGAUUGGACGUCAGUGUGAUGGAGUUGACAACUGUGGAGAUGGCACUGAUGAGGAGGACUGUUCAGAUGGAAGUGGAGAAGGAAAGACGUGUAGCAAAGAUGAUUUCCCGUGUUCCAAUGGAAAUUGCAUCAACAGGAGCCUUGUCUGCAACAUUUUUGAUGAUUGUAAGGAUGGCUCUGAUGAAAACAACUGCCCCAAAGACACAGAGUACAGCUGUGACAGUGGCAAAAAUUUGUGUGGGGCUGAGACGAACUGUGUCAGCACAGCAAAAUCAGUGUACUGCACAUGCAAGAAUGGCUUCCAACAGGUGCCUGGUCAGAGCUAUUGUGACGAUAUAAAUGAAUGCAUGAAAUUUGGUGUCUGCUCACAACUGUGUAAUAACACAAAGGGCUCCCAUGUAUGCAGUUGUGCCAAGAAUUUUGUAAAGGUGCACCAUACCUGUAAGGCAGAAGGUUCUGAUCAGCAGAUUUUGUACAUAGCAGAUGACAACGAGAUCCGCAGUAUCUAUCCAUUCAAUCCCAAUUCUGCAUAUGAGCUGGCCCUCAACGGUGAUGACAGUGUGCGUAUAGAUGCCAUGGAUGUCUACAUAAAGAUCAAUAAGAUCUUUUGGACCAACUGGCACACGGGCAGGAUCUCCUACCAAGAGCUUCAUGCUCCCACCUUUUCCACUACUUCCAACAGGAACAAGAGAGAGAGUAAUUCACCUGUAAUUGAUCUCAGUAUUCCAGGCCUGAAGAUGCCUCGUGGAAUUGCAGUUGAUUGGGUAGCAGGCAACAUCUACUGGACUGAUUCUGGUCGUGAUGUAAUUGAGGUGGCAAAUGCAAAUGGAGAAAAUCGCAAGACUCUCAUAUAUGGCAUGAUAGACGAACCUCAUGCAAUAGUGGUUGACCCACUAAGAGGAACAAUGUACUGGUCAGACUGGGGUAACCACCCAAAGAUUGAGACAGCUGCUAUGGAUGGAACACUUAGACAAACUCUGGUACAAGAUAAUCUCCAGUGGCCAACAGGUUUGGCAGUUGACUACUUCAAUGAAAGAUUGUACUGGGCAGAUGCCAAAUUGUCGGUGAUUGGUAGCAUUCGUCUUAAUGGCACAGACCCUGUUGUGGCUAUUGAUCACAAGAAAGGCCUCAAUAAUCCAUUCAGCAUUGAUAUUUUUGAAGACUACAUCUAUGGGGUGACUUACUUCAACAACAGAGUUUUCAAGAUCGACAAGUUUGGCAGAGGCCCUGUGUAUAAUCUGACUGCGGGGCUUAACCAUGCAACAGAUGUAGUUCUUUAUCACCAGUUCAAGCAACCUGAAGUAACAAACCCAUGUGAUCGCAAGAAGUGUGAAUGGCUUUGCCUUCUCAGUCCCAGUGGCCCUGUCUGCACCUGUCCCAAUGGAAAAAGGCUCGAUAAUGGAACGUGUGUUGAGAUCCCGUCACCUGCAGUCCCCACAGGCUCUUCUCCCCCAGGGACCUGCAACCUACAGUGCUUGAAUGGUGGCAGUUGUAUUCUAAAUGCUCGCAGACAGCCCAAAUGCAGAUGCCAACCCCUGUACAUUGGAGAGAAAUGUGAGACUGAUCAGUGCAGAGAUUAUUGCCAGAAUGGUGGGACCUGCACAGCAUCCCCAACGGGAAUUCCAACUUGCCGAUGUCCAAAUGGAUUCACAGGUUCAAACUGCCAGCAGCAGGUGUGUAAAGGAUACUGUCAGAACAACUCCACCUGUACUGUCAACCUGGGGAACCAGCCCAGCUGCCGUUGUUAUGGAAACUAUAUUGGAGAGAAAUGCCAGUACCAGAAAUGUUUUGAUUUGUGUCACAACAAUGGAGUUUGCCAGCAGCGGUCAGAUGGGACCAAGUUUUGUCGAUGCCCAAUCCAAUUUGAAGGCGAAAAGUGUGAAAUUGAUAAAUGCAGCCCUUGCCUUGACAAAAACAAGUGUACGAUUAACAAGCAGACUGAUGAAGUCAAGUGCAAAUGCCCUGAUGGAAGAGAAGCACCUAGCUGCCUGAAUUGUAGUAAUUUCUGCUUUAACAAAGGAACCUGUAAAUUUGACGUGGAAGCCCAGAGUCCAUACUGCCAGUGCACUGCAGGGUGGAGCGGACGACAGUGUGAAAUUGCAGUAAAUAACAUGCCGGAACAGCAUAGUGGACGCACUGCUUCCAUUGUGAUCCCAAUAGUUUUGUUAAUUCUUGCAGCACUUCUUGUUGGAGCCAUAUUGUGGUAUAGGAAAAGAACAAGUGGUGCUAAAGGGUUCCAGCACCACCGAAUGACGAAUGGAGCCAUGAAUGUGGAGAUCGGCAAUCCAACCUAUAAGAUGUAUGAAGGGGAGCCAGAUGAUGAUGCUGGGGAGUUGCUGGAUGCAGAUUUUGCAUUAGACCCUGAUAAGCCAACAAAUUUCACAAAUCCGGUAUAUGCAACACUAUAUAUGGGAGGCAACAACAGCAGAAAUUCUCUUGGUAGUACAGAUGAAAAGAGAGAACUACUCGCAAGAGGAGGAGAUGAUGAUCUUGGAGAACCUUUAGCGUAGAAACCAGAAGGAUACAAAAGAUUAAAAGAACUAAACAAAAAAUAGAACACUGUAUAAAUUGUACAAAUGAAGGACUACUUUUAUAUGUGAUUACAGUAUUAUAUUUUGUUUUAAUUUUUUCCUUUCCAUUUUCUGAGUUUUUACCUAUUCCACCAUUACUGCUACCUCUGUGUAAUGGAACUGGUACAGAAGGCAGCUGAUAACCAAGGGGCACAUUUUAAAGGAACACAGAGGAAACGCACCUAUUGAAGUCUGAAACAAAAGUCCCACAAAAAUGGUAAACUAAGGGCUGGGUAUCGAAUCAAGACUGUUAUUUUAUUUUGUUUGUUAAGAUAAACUGUACAGUGGGUUUAGGACUUUAAAAUAAUUUUACCCUUUGUGGCAUCUAUAUUCUGUACAGCAUUUUAAGGUACUUUAAAAACAUCUUUCCGUGAGUUUUUUUUUAUUUUUGCACAGAUAUGAAAAUUAAAACUUGUUUCUGUUUUAGGAAGUGUCUUAUAGAACAAAUUUUAUUUUAAUAUUACUGUAUUCUUUAAUCCCGUGGCACUGUUGUCUAAUGCUGGCAGAUUCUGUGUCAGAAUAUUAAAAUGAUUCCCUGCAGUGCUUUUAGUUUUGUAACUACAAUGCAGACAUUAUUUUACAGUACGGAACAAAGAAAGGGGUUGAAACUCCAUGAGUGUUCUUUUUUAUAAUUACAAAUGGGAAUUUUUUUAAUAGAAAACAAAAAAAUAGUAAAAAAUAAUCAUUGGACACAAUAAUGACAGGUAGUUAGUACAACUGUUAUGAGUUAUUUUUGUACACCGUGCUGUAAUCCAUUAAGGGCUGGAUUGUUCAAGAAUAACACUAGUUUAUCCUGUUGCUCUGUGUUCAGACAUUCUUUGGACACUUUCUAGACUUCAGCUAAUAUGUCUGUUUUUAUUAAUUGCAUUCCAUAAGCAUUUCCUUUGCCAUAGUGUCAUUUUUUUGUUUUAUUUGUUUUUUUGUUUUCCUAGAGCAUUUGCUGCUAAAGCCGGAUCAGUCCGAAACAUUAUUAAACUCAGCUCUCCUUAUAAUGUAGCUGAGGUGCUGCUUAUUAUUGGAGUCUAUCAGCCAUAUUUUAAUGCAUGUAUUUGAACAUAAAAUUAACAAAAAAAUCUCUGCUUACCCAAACACUAAACAGUAUUCAGCAGCAUUGUUUUUUUUAAUCUGAAAGUACAAUCAUGUUAUUUUUUUAGUUCCUGCAACAUGCAUUUUUAAAAGGCAAAGCAAAAGCUUUUAUUGUAGAAAUGCAUGUGGCUCAAUCAUGUUGUAUUGUUUUGGGAGGGAGGGUAAAAGAGUAAUGUUUUAAUAAUUUUGCUGGUUUACUUUACAACUAAAUAACACAAAUAUUUGUUAUAAAUAAAAAAAUAAAACUUAAA